GCGCACGAGCGCGUUCUCAACUCCAGUGCUAUUCUUUAAGUUUAUUUGCCAGACAGCCCUGGCAUUUUAUUGGCGUCGUUUAAAGAUUAAGCAGCACUCACUUCAGCCAGGAAAGAAUUUGCGCUCGAGCGGAAAUGUAGUCAGAGAGGCAGCUCGGGAGGCGGAAGUGAGGUUAGAGCAGCAGUCUGCUCCGUCCAUAUUAUUAUUGUUAUUUUGGCUGUGUGAUGGUUCACGGACGGCGGCCAGCCCGGGAUUUCUCCGGUUACCAGCGCAGACACCUACGGCUAGCACGCCACACGUUACAGCUGCGCGUCUGUCUCACUAUAGUUUGAUCGCCAGCGUUGACAAUACGCGCAAACGUCGCUGUGUGCAGCGCUCGCCGAGGACUGUCUUUAUUAUUGACACUGCAACAGACAUGAACGGCAUCACCAAGAGCAGAUUUGAGGUGUUCUCAAACAGUGAUGAGGCCCUAAUCAACAAAAAACUUCCCAAAGAGCUUCUGCUCAGGAUUUUCUCUUUCCUGGAUGUAGUGACAUUGUGUAGGUGUGCCCAAGUAUCCAAGGCGUGGAAUGUUCUUGCAUUAGAUGGAAGUAACUGGCAGAAGAUUGAUCUUUUCAACUUUCAGACAGAUAUUGAGGGACGUGUCGUGGAGAACAUCUCAAAGCGAUGUGGGGGGUUUUUGAGGCAGCUCAGUCUUCGGGGCUGCCUCAGUGUGGCAGAUGCCUCCAUGAAGACCUUUGCUCAGAACUGUCGCAACAUUGAACAUCUGAACCUCAAUGGCUGCACCAAGAUCACAGACUCCACCUGCAUCAGCCUUAGCAAGUUCUGCUCCAAACUUCGCCAACUUGACCUGACAUCCUGCGUGUCCAUCACCAAUCAUGCACUUAAGGCCUUAAGUGAGGGCUGUCGGAUGUUGGAGAAUCUGAACCUGUCCUGGUGUGAUCAGAUCACGAGUGAUGGCAUCGAGGCUCUCAGCCGUGGCUGCACAAGUCUCAGAGCUCUGUUUCUGAGAGGCUGCACACAGCUUGAUGAUGCUGCACUGAAGCACCUUCAAAAGCACUGUCCUGAGCUCAUGACAAUCAACAUGCAAUCAUGCACACAAAUCACAGAUGACGGCUUUGUGAGUUUGUGCCGCGGUUGUCACAAACUGCAGAUGGUUUGUGUGUCUGGCUGCAGCAACAUCACAGAUGCUUCUCUGACUGCCCUCGGCCUCAACUGCCUACAGAUCAAGAUCCUGGAGGCUGCUCGCUGCUCACAUGUGACUGAUGCUGGUUUUACUGUUCUUGCCAGAAAUUGUCAUGAUUUGGAGAAGAUGGAUUUAGAGGAAUGUAUUUUGGUGACUGAUAACACUCUGGUUCAGCUCUCAAUCCACUGCCCUCGGCUGCAGGCGCUGAGUCUGUCUCACUGUGAGUUGAUAACAGAUGAUGGAAUCAGACACCUGAGCAGCAGUGUGUGUGGUCAGGAGCGUCUGCAGGUCGUGGAGCUGGACAACUGCCCCUUGAUCACAGACAUCACACUGGAGCAUCUCAAGAGUUGCCAGCAUCUGGAACGCAUUGAGCUCUAUGACUGCCAGCAGGUCACCCGUGCGGGCAUCAAACGAAUCCGGGCUCACCUUCCUGAGAUCAAGGUCCACGCAUACUUUGCCCCGGUCACACCUCCUCCUUCAGUGCACGGAGGUGGUCAGCGUCUCUGCCGCUGCUGCGUCAUACUCUGACAGAAGGAAGGGCUUCUGGGAGAUCCCAUAGAAAGUCAAGCUGUCAGACAACCUCUAAACUCUGCCCUGCCUCUGCUCCACACCACUACGAGACGCUGUGUGGGGUUGUGGCUACGGGAGGCAUGGCUUGUUCACUGAGUGGUUGCCUGGCAGCAGGAUGGACCUGAACAA